GUACAUCUUGUUGGGCGAGCUGCUGACAAGUCCAGAGCUGAGCGAGGCCAUGUGUCUCGCUGGCAUCGACGACGGCAGCGGCGUGAACUUUCAGAAAGACUCCGGCAAGGUGACACUGACCCCUGAAAUCAACAGCUUCAUAGAGCAGAUGGUAGAAAAUUGUCAGCUCCAAGAGGGGGAGAAGGUGUUCGACUACUGGGCUGAUACCGGCGUGGGUAGUUGGAUCCGGCUCGCAGGCAAGCGACAGAGCCAAGGCCAAUACCAAUACCGCCGCUACUCGCAUGGUAGCGGCAGCACCCAUAGCCAUAUCGGCUCCUACAGUGGCGGAAACGCCACAAGACCAGCUCGCCAGGUCGAGUCUUGCCCGCCACGGUCUGCACAGUUCCAAGCCAGAGCCUUGCCAGGUUGGGUGACUCGGGUGCAAAGUGCCGAUGGCGUGGCCACUCCAGCUACCAGGACGAUGCCUGCCGCCGCAUCAUCCGCGUUGCCUGAAGAGGCUUCACUCCCACCAUCUUCCGCGUCAACAUUUCUCACGGAAGAGGUUCUCCCGAAGGCGCAACCAGAUCGACCUCCGCCGCUUUCUUCCGAGAACACGCCGCAGAACUCGAGUCACGUCGUGGCUCAGGCCAUUCUCAAGCGGAACAAGGUCUCCAACAAAAUGAAGCAUGAGAGCACGGGCGCGCCUGAGAUUCAAGUCGCGGCGCCGGCGCCCGCACCGACGCCCAAGCCCCCGCCAGCAGAGCUUCGGCAGGUGGCCCCGGCCCCACCGCCCAGCAUCCCAUCACCUCAGGAGCCGAUCAGACCAGUGCAGCCCCCGGCACCCGAGAUCGCUCCCGAGCAGGCGAAGGAGCCCUGGGAGCUGCCAGAGGUCAGCAAAGCCUGGCUCCGUGGGAAGCUUCGCUCCUACCAUCCGGAUCAAGCCUGUGGCUACCUGGCCAUUCCGGGACGAGGUGAGCUCCUCCUCAGGGCCAGUGCCAUCGAGGGAGAUGUCCCGCCGGAGCUCGCGGAGGGAUGGCAGAUCGAGGUCGAGGUAGAGGACUUGGAGAAGGAGCCACGCAUUCUGCGUGCCAAGGUGGCCGCCGCCCCAGCGCUGCCGCUCAAAGAGAGCCGCGCGCCUGCGGAGGCUCCGGCGACCAAGCGGGGCAGGAUCAAGACUUUCAUGCUGGAAAAGGGUUUCGGUUUCUGCCAGCUGGAGGAAGCAGAUCGAACAGUCGAUGUCUUCAUCCACAUCAACAGCUUCGAAGGGCCAGCGCCGGAGGACUUCCACGGCAUGCCGGGAUCGCCCCCAGUCGGUCAGGAGGUUGAGAUCAAACUCGGCGACAACUCGGCAAGGCCAAGGGCCUGCUGGGCACGUGUCGUCGGGCCGGCCUUGCCCAUAGACAAGGCCAAUGCUCUCUCAAGCUGCCUGAGCCAUGUGCUGAAGUCUGCCGAACGACUGCUCGAGGGGAAGCCGAAAAAGAGAGGGUGGCACAAGCUCGUGGACAUCUUGGCUACGGACUCACUUCGUGUGGCCGUCACGGCGUAUUCCCCCAAUGGAGUAGCGGAGAUCAAGAUGGGCAUCGUCCCAGAGCCUUUGAUGAACUGUCUGCACGACCUGGCGGUUUGCGUCGUGGCGCCGACACCGGAAGCGGCAGCUGAAGCGAUUGCCGGGAGUGUGCCGAGCACCGCAGAGGCAUCGGAGUCCAGCUCUCGCUUCCACUUGUGGCUGGAGCAGGAG